ACAAAAUGGCGUCUACCAGUGAAGUUGAAUGUUCUGGACUAUCAAGGGAUGUCUGGCUUGUUAAGGUACCAAAGUUUUUGUCUAAUUUGUGGAUGGAAAAAGCAGAUGAAACUGGAAUUGUUGGAAGUCUAAGGAUCAGUCAAAAUUCACAGAAAAAUGAGAUCAAAUUCAAUUUAGCAGAGUCAUUAGCAGGUGGUGGAGAUUCUGAUAAAGCAAAAGUCCCAAGAGAUUACAGGUUGCUGAUGUCCAAGGUUGACCAGUCCUUAGUUGUUUUUUCAAAAGGCCAAGCAGGAAAUGGUGACACAACAGACACAUCAGAAUCUGAUAAAAUAUCCUUAGAGGGAAAAGUAGUUCAAAGAGCAGAUUGUAGACCAAUAAACUCAAAUGCAGAAUAUAUGUUAUUGAAAAGGGAAUCCAUCUUAAGUGCAAGCAAACCAGCAAGACAGGCAAAACAACUUAAGAAAAUUGUCACUAGUUCUUACAAACCAGUAUCUGAUCAUAAAAUGAAUAUUGAAUAUGAGAAAAAGAAGAAGGAAGAAGGAAAGAGAGCAAGAAGUGAUGAAGAAGAAGUAAAAGCUAAACUUUUCCAUGCAUUUGGUCAACAUCAGUAUUAUAACCUGAAAGACUUGGUGCACAUCACAAAUCAACCUAUUGUAUAUCUUAAAAGCAUCUUGAAGGAAAUAGCUCACUACAACACCAAAAAUCCACACAAAAAUAUGUGGGAACUUAAACCAGAGUAUCGACAUUAUGAAAAACAUUCUGAUGAUGACAAACAGUCAUAGGAAUUAUCAACUAGGAACACAUUUAAUAAUUUUACCUAUGAUCCAUUAGACUGAUUCCACCAGUCYGUMUGGUCGCUUUUUUUCAGUGAGAAUUCAAACYGACAAACGGAAACUACGACCUAUGGAAUCAGUCUAAUKAUCCAUAUGACAUUCAAGACUUAUUCAAUGUAUGUAAAUACCAGUUUCAUCUAUUGUUGUUUAAUAAUUGUUGUGAAAUACGUAAUAUAUAUAUCAUAAAAUAUUGUAUCAAUAAACUGAGCUCUAAGGUAGAUGCUAUAAAUAGGUAAUUAGCCAUUAUGUAAACAUUAAUAGGCUAACAGGAAAAUGAAAUAAAAGUGUCAAAUGAUA